AUGUCUCUUCCCGAGGUUGACAUUUUCUUGGGUGAUUCAUCAGAUGUUCGACGGGCAAGACAACUCAUCUCUGCUCGAAACAAGCUGAAAUCAUUCCGAGCCUCAAGAUCUUCAAAUUCUACACACAUCUCUUCUUCAAGCCUUAACAAGUCCUUAGCAACUAAACGACCCUCUUCUCCGCCAAUUCACCCACAACCUCUAGCUUUGAGUUCUGGGAACGGCGGCAAUACUCCCAAACGUACUCAACGUCCGACUUCUGACAAAGAUCUCAAGGAGAGAUUAGGGGACAAGGAGAAGAUGAUCGGUCUAUCGGUCGAGAUGAACAGUCUAACUGGAAAUGAACAUCGGAGGUCGGAUAGUAAAAUCAGAAAUGCCCAUCGACGUCAAAGGUCAUCUAUCAAUUCAAACACUUUAAAUCAUGUUCGUCCCUCUGUAAGAGGCGUCUUCGACCAUUCAGAAGACGUUUUCUCCUCUUCGACAAUCAUCGAACCUUCGUCAGUAGGUACAGUCUCAGGCGUCAAUCUGCGAUUGGAUCUUCCUCUUCCUCGUCCUGUCUCGCCGACAAUUGCGCAAAUCGGGAUCAUCCCUCCUACUCCUAUGCCAGAGGGGAUACUUCCUCCCCGAGAUCAACAUUCCGAGCAAGACGCUGCUUCUCGUCUCAAAUCUUUUUCUUUCGGUCCGAAACGUUCCACUUCACCUCGACCUGGAAACGACAAUCAAACACCACCACUUUCUGCUCUAACACUGGAUACACUUGAGGAGCAUUCCACUUACUUCAACACCUUUCCUCGAUCUCACACUCCCACUCCCCCGGACGAGAGUCAUAUCAACACUCCAUCUUCACGACCACCUAGUCUUCUUCUCACUCGACCGACACCCAUGGGACCUGUCUCUCCUAACGCAGGUUUACCCGCCGCUCGGUCCAGUCUGAUUUCCUCCUUGAGUUCCCCCUCUCCGCCACCAACCCCUGCCCGGAAACGUCAUUCCCACAGUCGGUCUAGCUCCAUUUCCCUUCCAAACUUAAAACUCGGUCGUCCGGCCUCACUAGGCGUCACAUCACCCAUCUUCCCUUCCUCCCCAUGCUCACCUCCGGGAGCACCGGAUCAACAAAGAAACUCAGCUCCAAAACUCAAAUUCGAACCUAGCGGUCGAGGUGCAGAAGCCGAGAUGUCGAAAGACGAGUCGCGACGGAAAGCUCUUGACAGACUGAAUGGUAGGCGUAGCUCAAGUCCGGAACAAGUCAACGAGAUUAGUCUGCCUGAGCUGGACGAUUUGGACACAUCACCGUGCACACCACCGACUUCUGUGAGCCCCACUGCUUUCGAGAUGUCAGAACCUCCUCUAGCCGCGUUGACGGGGUCCCAAUCUGCGCCAGCAGCUUUGGGCGGAUCGAAACCUUGGUCUUCACCUCGUGACUCUGGUAACCCCGCGGAGAGAUAUGCCGAGGGUUUGGGCUUUGGGAUCGAUUUCGCGAUGCCCAAACGUGCCAGUAUGACGAGACAGUUGAGUGUUUUGGCUGAGGUGGAUGAAGUGGAAGAGGAGAUUCCGUCUGGUCCUCCGCCGACCUUGAUCAGGGAAGCCGAGGCGGAGACCAAAUCAAAACCGGAAAGUGUUGAACCUUCUCUCACUCCGACAUCCAUCAUCGAGGAAGAUAAUCAUGCUCAAUCUGAAAGACCUUCUCUCGAUGGUCCACCAUCGUCCGGACUCAGGCCACUACACCUUAUCUCCAAAGAUUCCCCCUUCCGAAAUGAAACACCAGACGGUCUUCGGACCUUCACAUUACCUCGAUCUUCAACUUCGUCCAUCACCGAGGUCAUCUCUCCCACUUCUAGCAAAGGAUACGGUAAGAUCGGUCGCGGUCGUCCUCGACCCCUUUCAGGCAUAUCAGGGUUGAUCAACAAUUCUCUCACAUCAGUCAGUACCACAGCUUCCACCGGCAUCCUCGGUACACCCAGAUCAGCUGAACGUCGUCGGCCCGGAUCUAAAAGCUCACGAGGAAGUUCCAUCUCGUAUAAAAAAGACGAAAGUACAUCAUCUCGCGAUUGGUCCUUCGCUUCCCAGAAUUCUAAGACGUACGGUUCUCCGCCCUUGCAAGAGAUCGGGAGUCCUCCCUCUUUCGCAUCUCCUAGUUGGGGCGGAUUCAGAUCCAACACACGACCUUGUCCUAGACCCAGGAGCAUCAUGGGACUUGGUUUCGGUGCGAAUAGGGUACUUUCCGAAGUUCGGGAGAAGGAGGAAGAGCCUUUCACAGCAACGACAUCUACAGCUAAUUGGUCGGAUGGGGACCAUAUCGAGCAGAGUCAUGAUGGUGAUGACGCGGGAGAGUAUGGGCAUGAGAGUAGAGGAAGAAUCAGUAGUGAAGCGUCAGAGUUUGGAUGGCAGGAUGGACAGCUGGAAUUGGAAGUGGAACUCGAGGCUGUGCGGGAGGAUCUCGAUAUGUGGAGAUUGAGGUGUAGAAAGGCUGAGGAUGCUUUGGAAGCGGAGAAGAAGGAGAGUGCGACUUUGAGAGAGAGGGUGCGGAAGUUGGGCAACCGACUCUCUUCCAUCUCCGCUCUCCAACCUUCUGGACGUUCAUCGCCACAGCGAGACCCAGCUAUAUACUCUAAACUCCAAGACGAAUUGUUCCACCUGACAUCUGUUCUUGAAGUGGAAAAGCGUGAAAAGGCCGAGUUGCUCAUACGUCUUCAAGCAGCCGAAUCGUCCCUUGCAUCGUUCCGCUCUCAACAAGUCAGUUCAGGUCCCCGAGAAACGACUCCAUGGGAUACCCAGACUUCUCGUUCACCCAUGUUUGCCACUAGGGUGUACCCGGCCACUUCAGAUCUUCCGACGUUCCCCACCGAAGUCGAUCUACAGUCUCGUACCGUUGACCCCGAAGUCGACUUGCAAUCUCCUACGUUUCCCCCCGAACUCGACUCCCAAUUUCCUACUUUUCCUAUCAAACUUGACCUAUAUCAAUCGGGAGAUUCUUCCAUUCCAACACCUAUCGUCACUCCUGCCACACCCCUGAACGACAUUGAUCCGAACCUCUCCCGAAUCCGUACUUGGGGAUUCCCCUCUUCCCCUGUGUCACAAGGCAUGAAAGAACGGUCCAAGAGGGAAUCAUUCUUUGGGUUGUCCAAUGUAGUGCGGAAAGAAGACGAAGAGGAAGCAGUCAUGGGAUUCAAUGUGUUUCCUUUUGUCUUGCAUGAUGAGAGAAGGGUGGUAUCUUUACCUUUAUCGAGAAAUCCGCACCCCACGUCCCCUCCCGUCCCUCCUGCGCAUUCUCAUGGUCCAUUGCCCAUCAACAACCUUCACAAUCAACUCGAGUCUGGUCUAAAAGGAACUGAAGCCACUCACAAUGUGCAGGAAGCUUUAUCGCAACCCAAAAAGCAGGGCUUCCCCGAAGUGGGAUCGAAAGACGUCGAGAGGAGUACCCCUAACCGGUUGGAACGUACGGGCUCAGCUACCAGUGCAGCCUUAAAUUUCCUUUCAGGAUACUUGCCAAUACGUUCACCAGCAAAGAAACAAUCUUUGACCUUGUUCGAUAACUCAAAGUCACAGACUUCUCUACCUCUGGAAAAUGAUAUUCGGACGACAUCAGUACGAACCCAAGGUAUGAAAGAAGGGGAAUUGAGUAGCGCGAGGAAUUGGGACGGGGGGAAAGGAAGGUUGAGACCGGCUUUAUGUGGAUUAGGUGGGAUGUCAGGUGGAAAGCUGGAUUCUGUGGAUAUGAGAAAUGGAUGUAGGUAUUGCGUAGGUGAUGUUAUUGAGAUCUGA